AUGGCCGCGCCAACCGUAGACAACGGGUUCACGAAGGAGGAAUACGACAGGCAUGUGCGCCAGCUCGUCCACCGCCGAAUGAAUCCGAACUCACUCUACGACGAAGUCACGCUCAUCGACGGGCUGACGUUGUACGACAUAUUCCGGCAGCCCAGACGUCAAGCUACAGCGGCGCUGACGAUUUCACCUACACUCGUCCACGCCGAGAUGCAAUGCCCCAUCUGCCUCGGAAUUAUUCGAGACGCCGUUGUGAUCAAGACGUGUUUGCAUCGCUUCUGCGACAAGUGUUUGAAAGAAUGUCUGCGGUCUGGAAUCAAAGAGUGUCCGAGCUGCCGCGCCCCGAUCGGUCCGAAACGAUCGUCCAUCGGCCGCGAUGUCUCGUUCGACCAACUCAUUGCAGCGGUAUAUCCCGACUUGGAGCGGUAUGAAGCUGCUGAAGACGAGCGCAUUGCGACGGCCAUCACGCCCAAGCGACUGCAACAGGACGACAACGUGCCGUCACCGUCUGGAAAGCGCGCCAAAGGCACAGCCCGCGUGGGGGCCCCCGAAUCAACGACAAGGCCCGUGCUUGUGGUCGUGCUGCGUCGGCACCCGAGUGCGGCUUCCUCGACGACGCUCCCUCGAGAGAUUUCGUGGCAUACACAUCCAGACGCGACAGUUCGGCAAGGCCAGACGUACAUCGCCACGCAAUGUCAUCUUCGCUAUGUCGUGCUAUGCCGCGAAGAUGGAAGCGCGCAUGAUCCGUCAGCAUCAUUGCAGCGCCUCGCAGACGGCACUUACCUGCCGCCUCUCUUCUUCAUGCAACAAUUGCUGUAG